AUGCAGGAGUUACUACUUAACUUUAUUCAUACUUUCUUUGGAAUCCACGGGAAGUCUCCUUCUCCUUUAUUUCUGGAAAGUGCAAUGAGGUACCUGAAGCCAUCCAAAUUUGAAGCCAUGGAGGAUGACGAAAUAGAGAAUGCAAUCAAAAUCAAAUCAUACAGAGCAUAUUUGGCAUACAGAAGAAUGAAAAAAAACAUCAUUGCCAAGAUGCUUUGUUAUGUACUAGCUAAUGUGGCUGACUCCGAGAUUUCAGUAAUGUCAGAGCUAGAUAGAAAUGUGAAGAAAGGAGCGUUAGGGAUUGAGAUUUCCUAUUUUUCAGAAGCAAGUCUUCCUUUACUCAAAGAAAGUGUUGGUACACACAUAUACGGAAUUGCAUUUCAGGUGUACCAAAAUGCAUGUAUAUAUAGAAAGCUUAGAUCAGAAACAUCUUUUUCUUCUAAGGCACACUCAUACUUUUACGAAAUCGUAAGAGAGGAAUUGGAAAAGUAUGAAAGAUCAGUAAUUGAGCAGGAUGAGGAACUUCUCUCUUUUUAUGUCGGUAUGUAUUCUCGGUACAUAAGGAUUCAGAUAAUUCACCAGCUAAACGAAUGUUUUAGAGAUAAUCCUAAGAAACCCUUUGAGUUCCUUAAAUUCAAUUUUCUCUCCAAUCAUCCAUUUUACAGACAGGUUUUGGAAUCCAGCUGUUUGCAUAUCGACAGCUGCCUCCAAGAGUUUCUAUUGACAGGAUCCUUUAAAGACGAUACUAACGAGUUUUUCAUAUGCCGCAAAGUAACCAUCGAUCCUUGGGAGGAGUUCACUAUUGAUUUUGGCCUUGUCCCAUAUUUUAUUAGCAACAGAGUAGUUCAAAAGAUCUUGUAUAUAGGGAAGUGCUCAUCUCUUAUAAGAAGAUAUGACUUGGAGAGAAUUGGAAGCCUAGAUACCUUUCAAGCUUCACAAAUUGAAUCCAGAAUGGAGAAGACCACCGAAGGAGUUAAUUUCAGAAACCUGGUUGAAGAAGAACUAGAGAACAUUGCAAGACAAAUUAAUAUUUUAAAUCCCAACCUUGAAGAAAACAUAGAUCUAAUUCUCCAUAAGAUCAACAAAAAGAUAAGACAUGACUUUCUCAGUUGCCCUGCCAUAUGCAGUCAGAUUGAAGGAAUCAAAAACACCUUUUUGUUUAGAAGAUGUGAUUUUAUUGAAACACUCUUUCUUUACCUAAAAGACAGUAGGGAUCUUACUAGAAAGAGUUUUAGCUACGUUCUGGACCUUGCAAUUAGAAACACUUAUGGAGAUGUUGACGAAUUUACUUCGGGAUUGGGCGUAUAUAUCGUGGACGACGAAAACAAAUACGAGAACUUUGCACUAUUUUGCCAGGUAAGCUAUCCAGCAAGCAUAAUAAUUACAAAGGAAAGUGUCCUCAAGCUUGUAGCAAUAUUCCAAUUUCUCUGGAAGCUGAAGAGAGUCGAACAUCUUCUUCUGAGAAUUUCAAAGAUGAAAAUGGAGGGUAAAACCAAGAUUAAGAUUGCUUCCUACAAGACUUUGGUAUAUAAAAUAAGCUAUUUUGUUUUCCAAGAAGUGAUUGAAAAAAAAUGGAACUUCUUCUCUGCAUCCGGCGAAAUGCCUUUGAACAAACUAAGGUUAGGAAUGGAGAAGGUAUUGGAUGAGGUCAUAAACAUAUGCCAAAUUGGAGGAAAAAUGGAAGCUCUUCUUGACUCCAUGAAAGAUUCUCUAAUAGAUACAGGAGCCAGAUCCUCUUCGUUUAGCGAUGAAGAGAUUCAAAGAAAACUAUCGGAGCUUGUGAAAGAGCAUGGAAAUAGUUUUAUUGGAACGUCUCUAUAUGACCUCCACAAAUAUUCUAAGGCCAUCAACUAG